UUCAUUCACAAACCAUCAAAGUGACGAUAGAGGAGACAUUGCUGUUCAGGAUCAUACAGAAACCAAAACUGUUCUAGAGAAUCGCACAUCGAAAUAAGACUGAUCAUUUCUGCACCGGGAAGUUACUAUUCUUCACUUUGAGUUGUUGGACAUGCCACCUCAAAUGGAUUAUUAUCGUGAAGAAUCCCGCGUCCCGUCUUCAUGCGGACUGAUGAGCCAAGAGGCCGGGUUGGAGAGGGAGUCGGCGCCGGGGUUGGAGAGGGAGUCGGCGCCGGGGUUGGAGAGGGAGUCAGCGCCGGGGUUGGAGAGGGAGUCGGCGCCGGGGUUAGAGAGGGAGCCAGCGGCUAUCAGCUGUAUGCUGGUGGGGGACGGUGCGGUGGGCAAGACAAGCAUGAUAGUCAGUUAUACCACAAAUGGAUACCCCACGGAAUACAAACAGACCGGCUUUGAUGUAUUUUGUGGUCAAGUCCAAGUAGAAGGAGCCCCGGUUAGAAUACAACUAUUGGACACAGCUGGACAGGAGGUGUGUGAUGAAUUCCGCUCCCUCUCCUACUCCCACACGGAUGUCUUCCUGCUCUGCUUCAGUGUGGUCAACCCCACCUCCUUCCACAAUGUCACCAAAAAGUGGAUCCCCGAGAUCCGAGCCUGCAACCCCUCAGCUCCCAUCAUCCUCGUGGGCACCCAGUCCGACCUCCUGCUGGACGUCAACGUCCUGAUCAACCUUGCCCGCCGCGGGGUCAAACCGGUGCUGACCAAUCGGGCGCGGAGCGUGGCGGUGAAGAUCAGAGCGGUGGACUAUGUCGAGUGUUCUUCGUUGACGCAGAAGAACUUAAAAGAGGCGUUCGACGCGGCCAUCUUUGCUGCCGUCACACACAAGGCCAGGAAGGAGAAGAAGAGGCAGCUGUCGGACAGACGCAGCAAGGCCUUCUCUAAAUGCAGCUGGAAGAAGUUCUUCUGUUUUAUCUGAGAUACAGACCCCAUUGGUCACGGACAGACCCCAUUGGUCACGGACAGACCCCAUUGGUCACGGACAGACCCCAUUGGUCACGGACAGACCCCAUGGGUCACGGACAGACCCCAUUGGUCACGGACAGACCCCAUUGGUCACGGACAGACCCCAUUGGUCACGGACAGACCCCAUGGGUCACGGACAGACCCCAUGGGUCACGGACAGACCCCAUGGGUCACGGACAGACCCCAUUGGUCACGGACAGACCCCAUUGGUCACGGACAGAAAUACUAUUAUUUAUUAACUUAUGAAGAAUUUGUAAGAGCAAUGGAACUUUAGGAUUAUCCAGCAGUUCUGAAUGAACUGAGCUCUAUGGACCUAUAAAACGGUUUAGUUCUCUCCUGGUCUGUAGACAGUAGUAUAGAUACCGAGGCUCGCUUUGCCAAUAGUCUGUGGUUGGGUGUCUGGUCUGCUCUGAGCAGGCUCUCUCUCUCUCCUUAACUCUUUCUCCGUGGAUUGAGUUUGCGUUGAUUAGUGAUUUACAUUGAUCAGAACAAAAGCAGGGUACAUUAGCAUGUCUGAUUGUUCAGGUUGACAGAUAGUCACUAUCCAAAAGUCUGUUAAGUACGCCUACAAAGUACGCCUACAAGGUUUUAGGUAACCAAGUGAGAAGCAAAAGAAUAGAGAGAAUAUUAAAACCAUGUACAUCACAAGCAUCCUGUCAGUGGGACAAGGCCGUCAUGUAAAUGUUAUGAACUCAUUUGCAUGGUCUGGAUUGGUGCCCAUUCCAACCUGAGAUUUUACUCCCCCUGACUCUGUGCGGUAGUACCGUGUAGCUCAGUUGGUAGAGCGUGGCGCUUGCACCGCCAGGGUUGUGGGUUGGAUUCCCACGGGGGACCAGUGGGGUGUGAGUGGGUUGAGAGAGAGAGAGAGAGAAGACAGUUGUUAGCCUUUUCUCCUUUGUGUUCUGUGCUUCCGAGCCACACAGACCCAGACCUAUUCAUAUGCAACAGUGUAUGUAGGCUGAAGUCACAGCGCUAGGCUAGGUGCUAACUUCUUCACUGUGUGUGAACUGGGAAUGGCUCACAGGCCAAUGUGUUGAUUAUAGUAUUAGGCUUUGAUGUAAUGAGUGGUCAGUAUCAACACUAGCCUGUGACAAGGUGUAGAGUAGUAAGGAGACUUACACUGCCCCAGUCCCCAGCCCAGUCUCCAGCCCAGUCCCCAGCCCAGCAGAAACCCAGCCCAGUCCCCAGCCCAGCAGAAACCCAGCCCAGCCACCCCAGGGAUUGACACUCCUGUCUCUGGGACCUCAUUUGUCUCUGGGACCUCAUUUGUCUCUGGGACCUCAUUUGUCUCUGGGACCUCAUUUGCUUCUUUAUUUGUUUGUUUGCGCUAGACACCCCAGCCAGUAAAACAAAAAAGCCCUGCCCAGCCACCCUCCAGUGAAUGAAACACUCCUGUCUGUCUCUGAUUCUCUGUUAGUUGACGCUGACCACACUACCGUGUCUAUCUCCAGACGAAUCAGCCUGCCCAAUCUAUAGGAUACCAUGUGGUACAUUAUAUGAGGCUUAGUAGAACCUGUUUGAAUAUUACCGCUCACUUUAAAUAGCUUGCGCCGGCUGGUUCUGUGUUGUUUUGUAAAGUGAUGUUAUUGCCAGACCGAUGGUUGGUGACAGUCAGUUCUAGCUGGUUUAUAGAUAUGAGGGUUGGUACCCAGGCUAGAUGAGGGUUGGCACCCAGGCUAGAUGAGGGUUGGUACCCAGGCUAGAUGAGGGUUGGCACCCAGGCUAGAUGUGUGUUGGUACUCAGGCUAUAUGCUUUUUAUACUUCUUGUGGAAGAGUGAAUGUACAUUUGAAAUCUAUUUCUGUUUGUUUAAAACAGUUCAUUCAACUUUAAUUUUUUUUUACCUGCAAUUUUACAGAUCUGUGAACAAGUUUCUAUUUUUGUGAAUGGGUAUAUUUUUGUCACGAAUCUCAAAACCAAACCCUCUGUCACUAGUGUCUACUUUUUCAUGCUGUGUUUGAAUGAAGUGAUGGAAAUCAAUUCUGGAAAGAACAACAAAAAAAAUCAAUGUAUAUUUUUUUGUCAAAAUGUAUCGCUGCUACAUUUGAAUAAAAUAACACAUGUAUAUUGA